AUGAAUUUCGCCGCUGUUGGGCGCCCUUUGGGUUGCCUGAAAACCGCAUUGAGGCAAAUGAGGCAACAGCGGGAAUGGCAGAGGUCGCUUGCUACAGCUGCUGUGCCCAAGACCCCUAACAGCACCAAGUUUAUCCUCACAGACCGACAGCGCUCCCGUGAGGAAAGACUCGCACGAUUUCAGAUUUAUCCUGAAUUGCCGACCGUUCGAACCAACUUCAAGGACCCUAUGCCGGCGCUGCGCCAGGCGCAAAUCACAAAGCUGGAUCCCACCGGCGCGAGAACUCGUCUGUUCGCAAAAGACCAGGCCGAUGCUGCUAAGCCGGGUGAUGUGCUGAUGGUCAGCACCAAGGCUGGAGAGCCCUUCUCGGGCUACUUGAUCGAAAUCCGCCGGCGCGGCGCGGACACUGCCAUUCUGCUGCGUGGUCAAUUGAUGAAGACGAGCGUCGAAUCGUGGUUCAAAGUGUACAGCCCCACAGUCACAGCUAUCAAUAUCAUCUGGAGAAGGCCGAAGAGAGCAAGGAGAGCUAGGCUCACAUACAUGCGCAAGCCAGAGCACGACAAGGGCAGCGUUGAUCACCUGGUUGCGGCAUGGAGGAAGGAGCGCUCUACUCUUCGCGCCAAGUCCGGUUCCGGUGGUGUUAGACAACAAAAAGCCAAAAGCAAAUAG